AAUAAAGAUUGAAUCAUAUAAAACAUUUAGUGUAACAGCAAACUCUUAGAUUAUCAAACUAAGGAUAACUUUAAGGAUGUCAAAUUCAAUUCGAGCUAUAAAAGGUUUAGUUGCACUAGUAACUGGUGGAGCAUCUGGUUUAGGUGAAGCUACUGUUAGACGUUUGGUUCAACAAGGAGCUUCGGUAGUUAUUUGUGAUUUACCUGUUUCAAAUGGCCAUAAGCUUGUUGAAGAACUCGGAGAAAAAUGCGCCUUUGCUGCCGCUGACGUGACGAAAGAAAAAGACGUGCUAAAAGCUUUAGAUGUGGCAAAAACUAAUUUUUCCAAAUUAGAUGUUGCAGUCAAUUGUGCCGGUAUCGUUAUCGGAUGCAAAACGUACAACUUUCGAAAAGGGUUCGCUCAUUCUCUCGAAGAAUUUUCAAAAGUUGUCAAUGUAAACACAAUUGGAACAUUCAAUGUAAUUCGACUGGCUGCUGGUCUUAUGGGUAAAAAUCAGCCUGAUGAGGAUGGACAAAAAGGUGUAAUUAUCAAUACAGCAAGUAUUGCUGCAUUUGAUGGUCAGUGUGGACAAGUAGCUUAUUCAGCCAGUAAAGGUGGAAUAGUGGGGAUGACUCUACCUAUAUCUAGAGAUAUGGCAUCCGAUGGUAUUCGUUGCUGUACUAUAGCCCCUGGUCCAUUUUCCACCUCGAUAAUGAUGGGUUUGCCAGAUAAAGUUCAGGCCCAAUUAGUGAAUGAAAUUCCUUUUCCCAAAAGAUACGGUUAUCCUGAUGAAUAUGCACAUUUGGUUCAAAGCAUUAUAGAGAAUCCAAUGCUGAAUGGUUGCACUAUUCGUAUCGACGGUGCACUCCGUAUGCGGCCAUAACUCAGUGACAAACAUCGAUGCAUUAUAUUUUAUAACUUUGAAAUAGCAUUAUGUUUUAAAGUUGUAAAUCAAUUAUUGAAUGGAUGUAGUCAUUGUAUAGCAGCUGUGUGUAUUGGUGUUUGGUGUUCCGCAAAUAAAUUUCAAUGUUGGUGAAUACAUUUAA